AUGGCAGUAAUGAUCACAAUCCUGUUUCUAAUUGUGAGGGUAUACGCCUGCCAUGAUGAAAACCAAUGUUUCAUUGAAGCUUUCUACUUGGCUGAAAACCGCGCCUUACUAAAUCAUGUGUUUCAAUCGAAGACGGUAUCUUCACCCGUUAUCUGUGGGCGAGACUGCUCUAUGGACCCACAGUGUGCAUCAUUCAACUUUCAGACAAAUAAUGUUUGUGUGCUGAAUAAUGCCAGCAGAGCUCACAGCCCUGGUGACUUUCUUGAGGUUCAAGGAAGCGCCUACUAUGACGACAACGUAGACACUUUGUCACUUUCACUGCCCAUCACUACAAGUUACAGUAGUUGUCGGGAGUUGUAUCAAGCCGGUUACCGCAGCAAUGGCAUAUACACCAUUUACCCUACUGGUCUGCCUGAUGGAGUGAACGUCUUCUGUGACAUGGAGACAGGUGGGGGAGGCUGGAUCGUGUUUCAGAGAAGACAAGACGGCUCUGUUGACUUUUACCGUAAUUGGACUGAAUACCAAUCUGGGUUUGGUGAUCUACCGAGUGAGUUCUGGUUGGGGAAUGACAUCCUGCGUGACCUUACUGGAUCGGGUCAAUGGCAACUCAGAGUAGAUAUGGAAGAUUGGCUUUCCAACACAGCGUGGGCUAUUUAUGGUGAGUUUGCUGUUACAGGUGACAAGUACACUAUCCAGGUCGGUUCAUACGAUGCUCAGAGUACAGCAGGUGAUUCAAUGUCACGUCAUAAUGGGCAUCCAUUCACAGCAAAGGAUCAGGACAAUGAUGCACUUGUUGGAAAUUGUGCAGAAUCAUACAAAGGUGCAUGGUUGUUUUUGGAUUGCUUUGUUGCUGAUCUGAACGACGAAUACUACCAACGUUCUCGUGUGACAUCUGGACUGGGAAUACAGUGGACAUCCUGGAAAGGAUACAUGUACUCCCUCAAGAAAUGCAGCAUGAAAAUACGGCAAGUGGUAUAG